AUGAUUGUUCAACGGACGACUUCGUUAAUCGCCAUCAUCGCCAUCGUUGCGUGUGCGCUAUUCAUUCUUUCAAAAACAACAAACACCACUUUUGAGUCCGUAUCGAACGUCAAGUUCGGUCCCUCGCGAUACAUUCCAACUAAACUACCCUCCUUUGAAGACAUUCGCCAUCCUUUCCGUCCCGUUGCUCACAAACCGCCCGAGCAAGCUCACAGUACCAGUGGCGAGUCAAAAUGGUUCAGUGAUUGGCAGUGGUUGAAUCCCUUUUCGUCGUCGAUUACCCUGGACGAACACCGUACCGUCCUCCCGCCUCUACCGGAACGUCCGCCCGUGUACACUUUCUACGAACUGAAUAGCAAGAACGAUGAAGCUCUACAAAAGGCCGAUGGCCAGCUACUUUUGGCAUGGAGACGCGCUUGGUAUGCCAAGGGUUUCCGCCCUGUUGUUCUCAGCCGAGCUGAAGCAAUGAAGAACCCCCUGUACGAAGAGGUUCAACGACGACAGCUCGACACGGAACUUGAAUUGGACUUUUUCAAAUGGCUGGCUUGGGGUCAUAUGGGUAGUGGAUUGUUUGCGGAUUGGUUGUGUUUUCCAAUGGCUCGAUACGACGACCCGACAUUUACGUACCUCCGUGCUGGCGCUAUUCCUGAGUUUAUUACUCGAUUCGAUAUGCUUGAUCGCGCACUAUUUGCUGGUGAAAAGACUCGUAUUAAUGCUGCGAUCAAGGCUGCAGUCUUGGACGCGAACGAAAAAACGUCGUCUAUUUUGGACAUUAUUCCAAAGGAUCUCUUCAAGGAAGAGCAAUCCAAAGCGUUGGCAUAUUAUACCCCAGAUACCAUUGCUACCAGUUACCACGACCUUUCUGAGAAAUAUAAUUCCCGUCCAGGUGCCGAGCGACAAGCCCUCGUCGAAAUGAUUGAUGCGCAUCUCCAUACAACAUUUCUGAAUAGUUUUACAUCUGGAUUUACAGUUUUGAAACCCCUUCCCGACCACACAACGGCAUUAGUGCAGCCCGCCGUGCAGCUCGCUCAAGCACUUUCCAACUGCCCUACGUCCGAGUUUGCCGACUCGUGCCCGCCUAAUCGUUCGUCGUGCAAGCCCUGUUCGAAAUCGAAGGCAAUCCCAAUCAAUCAACCACAGCCUUUUAAGAAUGACACCAACGCUUACUCGAUUGGCGUGUUGCCUCAUCCACUUACUUUGAUUGCUCUUCAACAUGAUUCGGUUGAGAUUGAUGCCAGCUACAUCCGACGGGAGACACCUCGUGACCCAUGGCUAGCGGCCGUCACCAGCGAGCUUCUCGGGCCUACUCGUGGAAAUUCUGCGCGCGUGGUCACUUUCAAAGAGCUGGUUGCCGGUGGUGAAUUCGGAUCGUCGACAUUCUGGAUGACGGUUGAGACUCUUCCAGCAAAAGACGGAGACAAUCUUCCUACAGCGCUAGUAUCCGAGCUAGAGUGGCAUUUUGGAUUCAAGAUCAAGACCGGAGAUGCUACAGAUGAAGGCAAGAAGGGUGAAGAGGAAUCCAAAGAAAAGCCAUCUCUAGACCACGAGUACGAGCUAAUCAGCCAAGCACGCGAUAUGCUUCGAGAUAAGUCGGGUCGCAUCAGUCUGCGCAAUGUUGCAGAAGCCUGGAAUCUGGCAGAUAUUGAGGUGUGGCGAUUUGUGCAAGCAUAUAGAGCACGCAGUGUUGUUGAACGAGAGCAAUGGGAGGAGGAAGAAAAGAGCUUUAUCGGAGCCAAAGCUGACUAA